AUGGAGCACUGUCUCAGACCAGAUGGCACUUUCCACAACCUCAAAGACCUGCAAUAUGGAGCUUGUCAUGACAGCGGAUACCUGGACAGCGGCUACAGCUCUAAGAUUGAGAGCGGAGAGACCUUUGACCUCUCAAAGUGUUUUUUAUCUUCCGACGGUUUUCACGAAACGCCUAAAGAGAACGUUUCACGAAUGGGCGAACCUCUGUCACCCAGAAAGAACAGACGACAAGCGGGCGUCGGAAGUCCGCAGAGAGACAUCCUGAAGGAGCAGCCGCUGAGGAACGGCUGGUGCGAAACUCCCAAAGUAUCCAGGAGAGAGCCGUUGCUGAGAAGACGUCUCCUCGUGUCCAAAACCGCAGACGAUACAGAAACGCCACGCACUAAAAGGACUGACUGGUCAUCCAACGGGAGAACCGAACACGGCUCAAAUGUGGUCUUUGACUCGCCGGAUGCCUUUACUAUCGGAGCUUUGGCUUCGAGCGCUUUAAAACCAGAAGACGCGCUUCUGUCCGGCAGGAAACUGCGCCUCCUCUUCUCUCUUGUAAAAACGUCGACGCUCGAAGAUGGUGAAUGCAACAUGACCAACGUCUUUGAGAGAAAGGCGUCUGCUACGUCGCUCUCAGAUGUAGACCUGGAAGAGAGCGUCGGUCCCUCAGACCUUACCACGGAGAUGCUGGAGACCCCACGCUAUAGCAGAUUAACGCCCUCGGCCAAAGACAACUUCCAGACUCCGGUCAACAACGACGUAGCGGCUAACCUCUCGGACAGCCUGAGUGUCCUGAGCACCCCUACUCCUAAAUAUCACUUUGACACCCCUUCCUCCACCCCUACUCGUAAACUCUACGACCGCUCUAUGUCUGAGGACAGUGGCUUCAGCUCCUUGGCUCUGGAUAAAUCCCAGGAGGUAGACAAUGAUGGUUCUUUCCAGGAGCUGCUGCUGUUGUCGUCGGGUCCAGACUGGAGCGCCAGCGUCGCCUCUCCACUCUCCGAGAGGGGGGGUUCCCAGUCUGAGGGGGACCGGGACGUGAGGAACCUGGCAGCCCACAGAACUCAUCGCAGAGAGAAGAAGAACCUCGUAUCCCAGGACCAUCUGGAGCUCAGUUUCUUCAAGGAGGACGACGACAGUGACGUCUUCCCGGAUGUGACGCCGCCGAAAACAACAACAACAACCACCGCCGCUAAGCUAGAGGACCUGUCCUUCACACCGGCCCUGCAGAUGGUCCGGGCCCUGUCAUCCAGGAUGUUGUUGGAGCGCACCAGUCUGGAGGAACUGCUGAGGGUCUCUGAGAAGGAGGCCUCCAGGACCACCAUGCCCCUGGCUGGGCUGAUCGGCAGGAAGAUGGGCCUGGGGAAGGUAGACAUCCUUACCGAGCUGAAGAAGAAGAAUCUCAGACACAUCCUGGCUAAGAUCCUCAAUCAGCUGUCCUCUGAAGAUGUCUAUAGGGUCGGUCAGGUGUCCCGGAGCUGGGAUGAGAUCAUAGUUCAGAACAAGAUGUCCAGCCGCAGGAGGAGACGCUACCUGACGGACGUCAAGGCCUCUCUGGAGCUUGGCAGUGCAGUCCAUGUCCCUGAUGCAGAGACCAGGUUGACCCUGCCGAGCCGGUCUGUCCUGAAGUCAGUCCAGGCCCAGUCCAGGACCCCCAGUACCAGCAUCCGUGGUACCCCCCAGUCAGGAACGGGCACUUCAACCCCCGUCCAGCACAACUCAGCCAGCAAGCAGGACCUGUUCAUACAGGUGGCCAAAACCCUCUUCACUGACGAAUGUCUGAAGCCCUGCCCUCGGUGCCGGCACCCUGCUCGGUGUCACUCGGUGAAGAUGGAGGCCGUGUGUAGCAGCGUUGACUGUGGAUUCCGGUUCUGUACCGGCUGCCUUUGUGCCUUCCACGGAUCCAGAGAAUGCGCUAGCCUGUCGGCCAAGAGACGGAGCAGGACGGACGUUCUUCCCGGGAGCGCUCGGAGCAAACGCAAUGUCAGGAGACUGUGAAUGUGUGGUUUUAAAAGAAAAACAUUUAUGUUGUUUUGCAAUUCUUUGUACUUCCUGUCCCCUCUUUUAAAACAUUUGUUUAGCUCGGAUAUGUUUUUAAUUAUGGGUCGGAGAGGAGCCGAGAUAGGAGAACCAAUCAGAGAUGAAAUGGCUGCUGAAUGCUGGGCUCCUCCAUUGACUGAAUGUUGUUUUCUCGUCUCGACUGAAUUGGUUUUAUAUGAAUGUUUCUGUACAUUGUCUACAUUUGCACAUUUAUUUUUAAUAAAGUUGUACUUUUUACAUA